GGCUAUUUAUGCCAUGGCACGAGCGCAGCAUCGCUCAUCAUCGAUCAGCAUCUUCAAUUCCUCCCACAUAGGCUCGCAUCUGAGGAGAGAGAGAGAGAUUACAAAGCUAGGAGUCUAGAAAAAUGGCGGCCGCGAACAUUGAGAAUAUGGAGUCCAGCAGCAGAGAGACGGCGGCGCCCCCCCAGAACGAGCCGUCGUGGGAGUACCAUCUGCGAAAGUACCUCAUGCUGCUGGCCACGCUGGUGGCCACGGCGACCUACGCGGCCGGGCUCAGCCCGCCGGGCGGCAUCUGGGAGGAGAACAAGACCGUCACCGGAGAGAAGCCUCAAGAUGCCGGUGUCCCGAUCCUCUACCACUCUGCCCGGUACCUCGCCUUCUUCUACUUCAAUGCUACCGCCUUCAUGGCGUCGCUCGUGGUGAACCUCCUCCUCCUCGUCCUGAGCAAGAAGAGGAAGACGGUCUGGCUCGCCGUGCUCCGGUUCGUCAUGGUGCUGGACCUGCUGGGGCUCAUCGGGGCGUACGCCACCGGCAGCUGCCGGGACCUGCCGACCACCGUCUACGCCUCCACGCUGGUGGUCGCCCUCGCCGCCUACGUUGGCAUCCACAUCCUCCUGGCCCGCUACGCACCACUGGAGCAGAAAUCGGAGCAGUCCUCACAAGUGGAUCAGGAGAGCCCUGAUGAGGCGCUCAAGCGCAAAGAACAGCGCAAGGUGUUGCUGCUGCUGGCCACGUUCGCCACGGGCAUCUCCUACGCCGCCGGCCUCAGCCCGCCCGGCGGCUUCCGUGACGACGAUGUCGCCGGCGACCCGACGCUGCAGGCCCAGCAGUCCCCCCGUCUGCUGGCCUUCUUCUACUGCAACACCACGGCGUUCGUCGCGUCGCUGCUCGUCAUCGUGCUGCUCCUGGGCCGGAGGCUGCAGAGGUGCUGCGCCCAGGUGCAGCUGUACGGGUUCAUCCUCGUCGCUCUGCUCGGUCUCCUGGGCGCCUACGCCGCCGGGAGUUCAUGGGAGCCGGACACCAUGGCCUACAUCGUCGCUCUGGUAGCCGCCGUCCCCACCUACAUCUUUCUCGUGAUGGUCAUCAUGGUGCUCGUCUCCAAUCCGCUCAAGAACAGCACCUCCUGGUCACGGCUCCAAAGCAUGUCCGCAAGGGCUUCGCAUUGGCUGCAAGAAAGAGGCUGCCACCAAAACCAGACUGAUGGAGAGGGAGAUUGCAGCCCAUCGCCGGGCAGCCACACCAAUGAGGUGGACACAAGCAGCAACAGGAACGAAGGCAUUGAGAAGGCAAAGUCUCUGAUCCUGCUGCUUGCCACUCUCGCGGCAACCAUCACAUACCAAGCCGGCAUGGACCCGCCCGGCGGUGUCUGGCAGGCCAACGACCAAGACCGGCGCUACAAGGCCGGCGACCCGAUACUCCUGUGGAAGCACGCUGCGCGUUACAAGGUGUUCUUCUACUGCAACUCCACGGCGUUCGUGGCGUCCUUGGUCGUCAUCCUCAUGGUCCAGAACAGGAGCCUGGUCAGAGGUCACGCGCUGGAGGUGGCCAUGAUCUUGGACUUGUUUGGCCUCAUCGGAGCCUACGCCGCCGGGAGCUGCCGAGAAUUGAGCACCUCCAUCUACGUCAUGGCCUUGGCCGGCGCUGUUCUUGUCUACGUGGUGAUCCACGUCGUCUUCUUCACGCUGCACACCGAGGAGCUGAACGACGAGGAGAAGAGGAAGAUCGACAAAAGGCGCAAGCGGCUGCUGCUCCUGGCGAUCCUGGUGGCCACCAUCACCUACCAAGCUGGGCUGACCCCACCGGGCGGCUUCUGGACGAAGAGCGCCCAUGGAGAACCCGGUUCCCCGAUCCUCGAGGACCAAGGGGGUGAGUACCAGAGACGGUACAAGGCAUUCUUCUACUGCAACUCAACGAGCUUCAUGGCGUCCAUGGCCCUCAUCAUCAUGCUGGUGAACCCGAACCUGUACCGGCCGGGCAUACAGUGCUACGCACUCUACGUGUGCAUGGUGGUCGCCCUGUUCGGCCUGAUGGGCGCCUAUGCCGCCGGGAGCGCUCGGGAACUGCGCACCUCAAUCUACGUCUUCGUGCUCGUCGGUGCAGUGGUUGCCUUCAUUGUCAUCCAGCUGAUUGUCUUCUUCAAAUUCUGCGCCAACCACAAUCCAAAUGGAGACAACGGAUCCUCCUCCGGGUCAAGCGCCGGAGGAAGCAGUAAAGCAAAGGACUCAUCUUCCUCAUCCAAGCCCAUGCCCAGCAGUAGCACUGAAGAGAGUUCCAGGCGGCGGAAGUACCUGAUGCUGUUGGCGAUCUUGGCGGCCAGCGUCACCUACCAGGCUGGCCUGAAGCCGCCCGGGAGCACAUGGGAGGAAUCGCUGCCCGGAGUGUACGUCGAGGGGGAUCCUGUGAUGCACCACACGAACCAGGCCCGCUACCAUGCCUUCUUCUACUGCAACUCCACCUCGUUCGUGGCGUCGGUCGUCGUCAUCGUGCUGCUGCUGCAGGAGUCCCUGCAGAACCACAAGUGGCUGCUCCGGGCCAUGAACACGGCCAUCGUGCUGGACCUGCUGGGCCUCCUGGGUGCGUACGCGGCCGGAAGCACCCGGGAGUGGGACACUUCCGGGUAUGUCAUCACGCUGGUCGCUGCCGUGGUCGCCUACGUCGGUAUCCAUCUCGUGCUCUGGUUCCUCAGUGGCUGGAGAGGCCAAGGGAGAGUGAACAGUAGUUGAGGCUCAGGGAAACUGAUCUGCAUUUUUGAAAAUGUCGUGCAGCACUUGGUUAGAUGUUGAAUUGCUGCUCCGCAUUUCGGCAUAUGUCCUUCAAAUGGUUACUUGGGGAAGAGGUGCAUGACGCCUAUGAAUCUGUACUGGGAUGGGAUAUAUCAUGUUCAGUUAACUGAAACAAGCUACAAAUUGUUGUAAGAACGGCAUGAAGCAUGGGACUAUUGAUCUUUCAAUAUUACUGAUUUCAUAAGGAAAUGGUAUAAAAUCCAUGUGACUUUA